AUGUUCGACCUGUCCCCGGGGGGCGAGUACACCGUCCAGACCGAAGGCUCGAUCCCCGCGGCCAACUCGCACCUCAACACGACCGGGUCCGUCCCGUACGCAUCCAACACUCUCCGGCUGCACGUCGACCGCAGCCAAGCGCGCCAUAACCCAAGGAUGCACGGGCCGGCACGCGGCUGCUCGUGGUCAAGAUGGCCGUCGAGCGCUGCGGGCUGCUGGCCUACCGGCCCGAAACCCGCGCCGACCACGGGCCCGCCGAUUGACCGCAUGGACGACUUCUUCAAGCGCUCCGACCGGCCGGCGCGGGACGCCGUGACACGGACCUUUCGCGACGUCGGCGCCGAGUGCACCCUCAACACCAUGGCCCUCACGUAUCCCGACCAGAACCUGAUUGUACCCUGCGACCCCUUUUGGUACUUUAUUCACACGGAGCAGGUGGCGUGCCACUCGGUCGACCACGGUGUCGUGCUCGUCCACGAGGCCACGCGCCACUGGCAACGACUACAAUUACUACUCCCUCGCUGCGAACUCGGCCGCGCCGACGCAUACGCCUUUUUCAUCAAGUCGUUUGAUGGGGAGCUAUGUUACACAGACGACGACAGGGGCUCGUGGGGCUUGUUUAGUUUGGGAUCCUGCAGCAUGUAA